CGAAUUCAUUCAGAGUUGUAACACUCGAGAACUGGUUUGCGAUGGCAGGAGGACGGGACUACAGAUGUGACCUGCUGCGUAACAUCCAUGAGGGACUUCCCCUGCCUGAAGGGGUGAUGGAGUCGGCCUUUGUUGUGGGGGAUUAUUUGUAUUACCAUUAUGGCUGUGACGGCUUUGAUGACAGGGGUUGGGGAUGUGGCUACAGGACUCUGAUGAGUUUGUGCUCAUGGCUUCGAGGACAGAUUAGCAAUGCAAAGUCAAACACAGGGAGCAUAGCACCAGUUCCAUCAAAUCAUCGUGUCCAAGAGAUUCUUGUAGAAAUUGGUGAUAAAGAGAAGAAUUUCCUUGGCUCAAAGCAAUGGAUUGGCAGUGUAGAGGUUUGCCUUGUCAUAGAUACUCUCUAUGAUGUCCGUUGCCAAAUAAUACAUGUGAAAUCUGGUAAAGAAUUAUCAGAACAUGUUGACACCCUGAUGACACAUUUCAAGACUAAAGGAUCUCCAAUCAUGAUGGGGGGAGACACAGAUGUAUCAUCCAAAGGGAUUGUAGGUAUCUGUAAGAGUGCGUCAGAUACUUAUCUACUUGUUGUGGACCCUCAUUAUUGGGGUGAAGCAAGGGACAUUGCAUCCCUGCAAGCAAGUGGCUGGGCAAAGUGGCAGUCCAUAUCUGAUUUUCAGGCUUCCUCAUUUUAUAAUCUUUGCUUACCUCAGUUUACUGCCAAGUCAUUAGAAACCAAUUCGUAAAUUAGUGGAAGACCUUCAAAGGCAAGCUGCAAGAUAUAUCUUCAUGCUUUGCUUGUUACCUACUCUUGGUAGAGCGGACCAUCCAGUGUGUGUAGGAACAAAUUUGGUAACGAUUAUUACAUGACAGCUAUGCUACUGUAAUUUUUUAAGGUGAAAUGAGACUGAAAGGAGAAUGCUGAUGGGCAAGCUUCUGCCAUUUCAUUAUAACCAUUGACUGCCUUCAAUAUGAUUACAUCAGCAUUCCUUUAAUCAUCAGGUAUAUAGAGAGAAAUUAUUUAUAGCAAUUUUUCUGUUGAUUUUGUGUGAUUGCAUGCAUUCGUGUAUGCAUGCAUAUAUGCAUGUCUGUGUUGGCAUGUGUACACAUGUUGCUUUAUGUGACAGAAAAUGGAGUGAUAACAUGAAAUAAAUACGCAUACUAUUUUGAGUUCAGAAACUACGGAGGGAAAUUCUUAUGCCUUUAGUGAAAGGUUAGACAGAUAUUUGCUAAGCAAACAUCAGCAAUACAAUUUUUUAAAAAUCUCAUUGCAGUCUCUUCCACUACCCUUAGACCCCUCCAUCCCCACAAUCAUGAAUUUCAGCAUGAUAAUAAUGCUGCUUACACGUAAGAUGUCAUUAGCAGAAAUUUCAUGAUAACAUUAUCUCUUAUAGUCUAGUAUGCAGUUACUUUUUAGUGCCACUUGUUUAUGCUCACCUGCUUAAUUAAAUGGGUCAUUAUGAUGCCAAAUCAACAACCAUCUGUUUUUGCUAUUUGCUUUGUGUUGCAUGUAAAGCCUGGAGAUUAAAGCUGCAUUAGAACGUCCUGAGAAGUUGCACUAUUUCAAGAAAUACAUCCAGGCUUUUGAAAAAAAAAAAGAAAAAAAAAGAAUGAAGAAAAUUUAG